AUGUCGGAUUCCAGCUCUGAAAACGAGGCAUCCUUCGAUUUUCUCAGCGAUUCGGACCACUCGGAUGGGUCUGAUGUGGAGCAACAAGAGCCAGAAAAGAUGGAAAAUGUGGUAGAGUCUUCUGGAGAAGAUGAGGUAUCUGACGACGGCGUGGACUCUUCUGGAGAAGAUGAGGAAACAUCGGAGAGUGAAGAAGACGACUCUUAUGAAAGCGACUCAUUUGAAGAUGACGAAGAAUCGUCUGACGACGAAGAAGAAACUCCACAGAAUGCGGACGUUAAAACUCUUCUACAAGCUUCUGAGGAAGCCGCGUUGAAGCUAUUAGACGAGAAGUAUCUGACCAAUAGGGAAUCUCUCCGAGCUUUGGAAUCCGUCGAACGAAACACAGAUCAAGAAGCCAAGAAAAAGAUUGAGGAAGCAUAUCGGCUGAGCUUACAGGAGUAUGCAGAGCUGAGAGCUCAACAAUCACUGACCGCGGAGCCACCAGUGACUCCACAAGCCGUGAAUCAGAGAUCAGGUUCUGGGCAACAAGCUCCAUAUGAUGUGGAACGUGCAAUAGCUGCAAUAGAAGAUAUAUUGCAACAUAUUUCCAAGACUCCGGAGCACAACCAACGCAGGAGAGAUGCUCGAACUCCAGCACGUGAUGCCAACGCCAUGGGCCAAGAAGACUGGGCAAUAAUAGGUGCUGUCGUCGUCAUGGCUCUUCUCUGUCCCUUUAUAACUUGGUAUUCAAUGGAACAAAUAUACUCCGCAAUGCCAGAAAAAGAUCUGAGAAACUUCAAGUGUCUCGAAGAUCUACCAGAACAUCUGAUGACCAAAUGGACCCCCGACUUUUCCAAAUACCAAGGAGUUGAAGCCUUUGCUCAUGAAAUUGGAAACCAAGAGGAUGCCAAAUACCUCUACGAAAUGCAUCCAGUUCUCACAAAUAUGGAAGAAAAUCAGGUGGACUUGCAGUUUUACACAAAAAGUGAAAACGUGACCGACAAACCAAUUCGUUUAACCGGCCCAUGUGUCUACAAAAAUAGACAGUUCACGGUCUUCUUGAAAGAUGGAUUUUUGCAUUUGAAUGGGGAGUAUCAAGUCAACGGGGAAAUGAAGAAUGCCACAUUUGUCUACAGUAUCUCAGAAUAA